CGGGAAUCACAAAAUGUAUGGGCAGAUUAUUUAAAGCUUUAUUGUCGACAUUGGGAUUGUUGCACGGUAUAAUCUUGUAAGACUCUCUACUCAAAAUUCGAAGAUACUCAUCAAAGAUUUUAUUGAUUCUCUGUGGCUGAAGAUGCCUUAGUAUCUGCGAAAAGCCAGAGGACAUGGCAUUGACCAAGGUGAAAAAGCAUUGUUUGGAAACAUCAGAAGAAACGGAGAGUUUUGCUGAGCUCGAGGUUAAACAGCUGAAUCAUGAUAAAGAAAAAAAGGAAAGCGCUGAAAAGGACCAAGGAAACAUAGUUUCGAAUAUUAAAGACAAUGCUCUGCACGUUGUUGGCGCUAACGAUUUAAAGGUAAACUUCAUAAGGUACUUAGAUGAACACGGUGCUGACGUGAAUGGAAAAGUUUCUGACACGAUUGGAAAAGAUGCUGACAAGUGCACAAUUCUGCAUAAUGCUGUCGUUAGUGGUGUACUAGACACUGUGAAAUACUUGGUCGAACGUGGUGCUGACGUAAAUGUAACGAAUGUUCACGGGAAAACAGUGUUGCACUCCGCUGUAAUUAUUGGUUCACCUCACAUUGUCAAGUAUUUAGUUGAGCAGGGUGCUGAUAUUCUGAGCAAUUCUAGUAGUUUGGAAACAGCACUUCACUAUGCGGUUGCUAGAGGUGAACUUGACAUUGUCAAAUACCUGGUUGAACAUGGAGGAAAUGUAAACAGCAAGAAUUCUGCUGAUCGGACAAUACUGCACUUUGCUGUUAGUAAAGGCGUUCCCAACGUUGUCAAAUAUUUAGUUGAACAGGGUGCUGAUGUAAAUGGCAAAGACACGGACGGGGACACAAUUCUUCACACUGCUGUCCUAAAAAGUAGUCUUGACAUUGUAAAAUUUUUGGUUGAACAUGGUGCAGAUGUAAAUAUCAAGAAUACCGACGGUAGGAGUGUCCUGCAUAUUGCUACUACAAAAGGAGCACUCAAUGUUGUUGAAUAUUUAGUUGAACGGGGUGCUGACGUAAACAGUAAAGAUGCUCACGGAAAAGCAGUUCUGCAAUUUGCUGUUGCUAAAGGUGUACUUGGCAUUGUCAAAUAUUUAGUUGAACAAGGUGCCGAAGUGAGGAGCAAGGAUGAUAAUUUAGAUACAGUUCUGCACUUUGCUGCCGCUAUAGGAGUAUAUAACAUUGUCAAAUAUUUAGUUAAACAUGAGGCAAAUUUAAAAGGAAAGAAUUUUGCUGCGCACAAUAUUCUAAACUUUGCUAUUACUUACGAUGUGCUGAACAUUAUCAAAUACUUGGUUGAAAAUGGCGCCAAUGUAAACAGCAAGAAUACCUCCGGACAAACGGUUCUUCACUUUGCCGUUGCUCAAGGUCAAUUUGAAGUUGUCAAAUAUUUAGUUGAACACGGGCAAAUGUAG